CCGACCAGUUUCCGUAGACGGCCACAAAAACGGCACGCAGACGCGAGCAAAGCAACCAACUAUUCGUACCAACAAUUAAAAUACAACAAAAUAAAGUUAACAAAAAAAAUAUUUCAAAAGCAAACGCAAAAGGCAAGAAAACAAACUCAAAUCAAAAGGAGUUUCAGAAAGAGCCGCUGCUUAUGUAAAGGCUGCCUUUAAGUUCUACCCAGUGCAGUGGCAAUAAGUGCAACCCCAACAGCAACAACAACUUCAUAUGAAAUGGCAGCAGCUUCAGCUCGAUCGAAUUAAGCUCAAUUUGCAAUCUCUCAACUCUCCGUUUUUUCGUAAUCGUGUUGGGCAUAACAAAAGCAACAACAAAAAAAAAAGCAAAAGCAAAAAAUAAAAUAAAGAAAAAAGUGAAUCUGCCUUUCAGUAUAAUCUCCAUUUUAAUUCCCAUCUCGCUCGCACCCAACAGUCUGACAGUCUGCCAUUUUUUUCCGUUGCUUCUGCCGUAGCUGUCGCUGCUGCUGCUGCGUUGUCGCUGCCGUCGUUGUCGUCGUCGCCGUCGUCAUCGUUGUCGCCGCGCUUUUUAUUGUUUAUGUUUUUUCGUGUUCUGAGCCCACAGAAGGUUAAGAAAUAAUAAAAGCAAUACAAUUACAAUCACAAUGAAAUGGAAUGAGUGAAAUAUAAAUUUCGUUACCAACAACAACAACCCCAACAACAACACCAAGAGCAGCUUAAAGUCGCCUGCCAAGCAAAUUUCACGCCGUAUUUAAUGUUAGCGCACUGCCCGCCUGCAGUUUAAUCGCUGUUCGUCUUUCUUUCCGUUCGUGUUGUGGGUUCUGUGUUCUGUUCUGUUCCCAAUCUGAUCUGAUCUGCUCUGUUCUGUUCUGUUCCCCAGUUAUCAGUAAUCGCCGCGCGUUUGGCAAUCGUUUGGCUAUUGUUAUCGUUAUCGGUAUUGCUAUCGUCGCAUCAAAUUUAGAUCAGAGCCAGAACUUCUCAACCAGAGGAAGAACACAGUCCGCAGGCGCGUUCUUUAUCCCAAUUCAAAAUAAAAUAAAAUACUCGUAAACGCUAAAAGGUGUUCGAUGAAUGAUAAUAUCUAGAAUCAAAUGUAAAUUAUCAAUUCGCAAUCGAGUGUGCCUGUUACAACUAUUACUGCAUAUGCAUAUGAGAGUGCUGUAAUAAUCCUGAGCAAUUCCCAAAAGGAUAUUCUCCCCUUAAGUUUGUCGCCCUUCACGGGGGCCGCAUCGAAGUUAGAAAUAUUACGGACUUAGUUUUAGUUUCGUUAAGAUCAAAUACUCAUAGACAAUAAACAAUGUUCUCAAUACUGGGCCCAAUCACAAUCACGCUCCUAUUGGCCAGCACAAUAUGCCAGGCACUGCCAGAUCUGCACAAACAAAUGUCACCCGAGCAACUGCAUUCGGUAUUCCAUGUGGACACACACGAUGCCGUGCCGGAGUAUGAGUUGGUGCAACUGCUGCACCACACGCCUCAGGCUGGACUGCAGCGCCGACGUCGCAGCAUCGGUGAAUCGUUGUCGGUGGCAACUUCGCCGCAACCGCCGCAUCAUGUGAAAAAGGAUCUAAGCAAAAAUUCGUACUACAGUGAACUGAAGCAGAAGGCAGCAGCCGGAGGAGGUGGAAAUAAUUUGCUGGGUGCCGACAUCAGCGACAUUAAAGCGCACAACGUGUCGUUCAGCGCCUUUGGUCGCCACAUGAAUCUCACGUUGCGUGCCACACAGGGACUGUUCAAGGGGGCGCCGCAUGAGCUGCGCAUGUGGUCGGUGGGCAGCGAGCCGAAUGCAACACAUGGCCUGGACAUGCAGGAGAUACUCAACGAGGAGCAUCACAAACAUGAGAUCGGCGAGGUUUUUCAAGAUGAGCACAAUAUGGCUGCGAUUCUGAUGCGUCGUCACAUGGAAACGGGCGAUUUGAUAAUGGAGGGCAGCAUUGGACACGAUCUGGUCAUUAAGCCGCUGCCACAUGAGUUAAGUAACAACAAGGAGCAGGCCCAGCACGUUGUCUACAAACGCGAAGCAUCCGCCACCGAUGACCAACUGAGUGAUUUUGCCUUCAUGGAACCCGAUGAUCUGUUGGCUAGCGAGAAACUUGAACGUCUGCAGCGCCGUCAGCGUCGUCGCCGUCGCAGCGCCGCAAACAGUCCGGACUUUGAGGAUCUCAACGAUGAGGAUGAGGGUGCGCUGGACACCGAAGCCGAGGCCGAACCACAGACAUCAGAAUCGCGUGUGCGCCCCAGACGUCAGGCACCGUAUGUCAUCUAUCCCGAGGUCUUGGUGAUUGUCGACUACGAUGGUUAUCGCCUCCAUGGCGGCGACAAUUUGCAGGUCAAACGGUAUUUCAUCUCGUUCUGGAACGGUGUGGAUCUGCGCUAUCGUCUGCUCAAGGGACCCAGAAUACGCAUUAGCAUUGCUGGUAUUAUAAUCUCACGUGGUCGCGAUGCCACGCCCUAUUUGGAACGCAAUCGUGUGGGACGUGAUGCAAUUGACUCCGCUGCCGCUCUGACAGACAUGGGCAAGUAUUUGUUCCGCGAGCGUCGUCUGCCCGUCUACGAUAUUGCGGUGGCCAUAACCAAACUUGAUAUGUGCCGUCGCACCUCCGCAUAUGGUGAAUGUAAUCGCGGUACCGCAGGCUUUGCCUACGUUGGCGGCGCCUGCGUGGUUAACAAGCGUCUGGAGAAGGUGAACAGCGUGGCCAUCAUCGAGGACACCGGCGGCUUCAGCGGCAUCAUUGUCGCCGCCCACGAGGUGGGACAUCUUUUGGGCGCCGUGCACGAUGGCUCACCACCACCCAGUUACCUUGGCGGACCGGGUGCUCAGCGCUGUCGCUGGGAGGAUGGCUAUAUCAUGUCCGAUUUGCGUCACACGGAACGCGGCUUCCGUUGGUCCGCCUGCACCGUGCAGAGCUUCCACCACUUCCUCAAUGGAGACACCGCCACCUGUCUGCACAAUGCACCGCAUGAGGACAGCGCCUUGGGUCGUUCGCUGCCCGGCACUUUGCUCUCACUGGACGCACAGUGUCGUCGGGAUCGUGGCACCUAUGCCUGCUUCAAGGAUGAACGUGUCUGCGCUCAGCUCUUCUGCUUCGAUGCUCAGACUGGCUACUGCGUUGCCUACAGACCGGCAGCAGAGGGCUCCGCCUGUGGUAAUGGUUACCAUUGCCUGGAUGGUCGCUGCACGCCGCUGCCGUCGAACAUAAUACCGGACUAUGGCAACAAUUAUCGUUUAGUAUACAAUAAAAUCAGCCAGAAAAACGAUGCAAGCUCUGAAACGGCAGCCGAAGACGUUGAGAGCAGCAGUGAGGAGACAGAGUCCCAAGAAGACGAUGAGAAUGAAGAUGAAGAUGAGCGCGAAGAUGAGCGCGAUGAUGACCAGAACGAUGGCAUCAACAGCAGUGAGGAGCUGGAUAUCAAUCAGCAGGACAAUAACAUACAGCAAAGCUCAGCUGCGGCUGCGGCUGCUGAAGCUGUGAUUGAGACCACGACAACAACAACAACAACAACAACUACGAAAAGACCAAAGACAUUUGAAUAUUUGCGGCGACUUUACAACACUGACAACUACGAGAAUUCGGCAUUAAGCAACACGCACGCACAGUGGCCAGCAAAUGGUCAAGUUGUGGUCAAAACAUACACCAGCAGCAGUGUCAGCAGCAGCAGCAGCAGCGGCAGCAGCUCACACCACACAACAACAACAACAACACCUAGAACAACAACAACAACAACACAAACACCAAAUAUAUUCCAAUUUUAUACACACGAAUUGCGCAAACAACUCGAAUACUAUUUUCACUUGCUACAAACACAACAACAACCACAAGAACAACAUCAACAACAACAACAACAACAUAUACAACAACAACAUCAUCAACUACAACCACAACAGUCCCAAGUAGUGACCAAUGAACAUUUUUCAAUUCCCUUGGUACAAAAACAAAUUACAAAUUAUAGUGCCACCACCAACAGCAACAACAGCGGCAACACCAACACUAAAGAACAAAACAACAACAACGGAGGGGAAGUGAACAAUAAGCGACAGCAACAGCAACAGCAGCAACAACAACAGCAACAACAAGUUGAUGAGGAGAACGAGGCCAAUGCCGGCAUUGAGAUCAAUGAAGCAAUUGAGCGGCAAAAACGUAAGUUUCUCAUUCAACAACAACAACAACCAAGACACUUGACAACACUGCAACAACAACAACAUCAACAACAACAACCAUUGGCAACACCAACAACAAGCACAGCAACCGCUACAGCCGCCACAGCCAAAGCAUCGCCAACAGCAACAGCCACAGCAACAUCAACAGCAACAACAUCAAGCACAUCCAAAUCGAAAGCAACAACAACACUGUUUGAUGCAUACUUUAAAAAAUUACAAGCACUGCAUUUACCAACACUGGACGGCGCUGUAACAGCCACGACAACAUCGGUGUCCACCUCCGUCAGCUCAUCAGCGGGCAAAGCGAGCAACACACAACAGCAACAGCAACAACAUCAGCAACAACAACAGCAACCACAGCAAAACUUUGAUGGCAGCUCAUUUCUGAAACUGGUUAACUGGAAGCUGUUUCCGUUCUAGUGGAGUGGAGAACCCCCUGAAACGUUUGGAAUUGGCACACGUCGGUUUGGUUAUUGCCAUUGAAAUUUGAACAAAUUCAUAUUUGCAGUUAAACAAAUUGUGUUUUUAGAUAGAAUUUUUAUUUUUAUUAUUAAUAUUAUAAAUAUUAUUGAUUUGUUUUUAGUAUUAGACACAACUAAUUUAAUAUACUUUUGUUAAAAAGAAAACAAAACAAAAAAAAACACCACAAAAAACGCACCCAACAAAGUUUAAAAACCCAUUUGAUUCCAUACAACCAUUUGAGUAUGGCUAAUUACAAUCAAUCGUACAUACAUAUAUUAUGUAGUGUAUAAUUUAAAACCAAAAAACAAAAAAGACCAACAACAAAUACUAUUUUGUACAUAUAAUAUCUGUUUCUGUAAAAAGUUCAUACACAAUCAUUUCGGCAUUAAAUCAAACAUAAACAACUUCUAUAAAUUAUUCCUAAAGAUUUCCAAUUUUCCAUUGUGAUAAAAGAUAAUUUGUAUACUUAACUAAAAAUAUUUAUCUUUUUUUU